UCGGUUAAACCUUUUUCACCUUCCCCCUUUGUUUCUCAACAUCAUUCUCCUCAUUCCCCUACCUACCCCCAAUUUUCCCUUCUGUAUUUCUCUUUUUCAAUUCUCGAUUUCCCUUCUCCCUUUUGUGUCUUCAUAAUCCAGAUCCUCUCUUCGAUCUAGGGUUUCUGGCUUAAUUAACAAUCAAAUGUUUAAGGAAGAAUUUCUAUGACGAUUCGCAACCCCAUGCGACGAAUCCGUCUCCUCCACUCCUUCUCCGUCGUCUUCCUCUACUGGUUCUACGUCUUCUCAUGAACUAACUCCCUCUCAAUCCCCUACCCUAAUUCCUCCAAUUUCCCCAUUUUUUUUCUCUAAUUAAUCAGAUUUGCAAAAUCCUAAUUUCUCUAACCCUAACAAAACCCCCAAAUUCAAACAAAUCCAAUGGCUUCGAUUCCGCGUCCGGCGAGUUCGGGAUCUUCGGAGGGAGGAGGAGAUCCGGCUGCGAUGGACGAGAGAAAGAGGAAGCGGAUGGAGUCGAACCGCGAGUCCGCACGGCGAUCGCGGAUGAAGAAGCAGAAGCUGCUCGAAGACCUAUCCGACGUAGCGAGUCGCCUUCAAGGCGAGAACGUGCGCUUAGCGCAGAGCAUAAAGGCGAAGGAGGAAGCGUACGUUGAGAUCGAAGCCGCGAACGACAUCCUCAGAGCACAGACCAUGGAACUCGCCGACCGGUUAAGGUUUCUGAACUCCAUUCUCGAGAUCGCCGAUGAGGUCGGCGGCGGUGGUGAAUCCUUCGAGAUUCCGCAGAUUCCAGACCCUCUCUUCAUGCCCUGGCAGAUCCCCCACCCUAUGAUGGCGUCACCUGACAUGCUCCUCCAUGGAAAUCAAGGCCUGUUUGCUUGAUAGUACUUCAAUUAGGCUAGGUUUAUUGUUGAUGUUCCCUAGUGUUUUGGUGAAUAAAGAAAGGGAAUGGUGUUAGAUGUUUAUGAGUUAUAUCGUGUGUUGGUGUGCUGUUUUUUUUUUUUAAGAUCUGUGUUUAUGUUUUGUGUGUGCACUAUCGUCGUUAUAUAGUUGAAUUGAAUGUAUCUGCUUUGUCGUAGUGACUGGCAUUGUGUAUCGAUAUAAAAUUAUGUUUCUGUUUAAAAUUACAAAUUGGAGUAAGCCGAAUUCAGAAUA